CAUUGUACUUCCGCCGGCAAAUGUUACAAUGUUGUUGAUGGCAACGAAAUUACACUGAAAUUAGGUUUAUGCGUGUUUGCACAUGGUUUGGCAGUUGGAAUUUGGUUACAAAUUAGUCUGUGAAUAGGACAUAGAAGACAACCAACAUGGAGGUUAUAAAAGACAAAUAUUAUGAAUGGAACAAAUUUUAUGAGUGGGCAGUAGAAAAUUCAGAUCCCCGAGUGAAGGACUGGUUUUUAAUGCAGAGUUAUACACCUACUCUGGUAAUAACCAUACUGUAUGUGAUGCUGGUCUAUGCCGGGAAAUGGUGGAUGACAAACAGAGAACCAUACAAACUUAGAGGGGCUGUGUUCAUCUACAAUAUAGCUUUAGUGAUACUCAACUUUUAUAUAUUUUAUCAAAUUGUUGUGUACACAUACAAGGCAGGAUACAGUUUUAUAUGUCAACCUGUUACCUACAGCUAUGAUGAAAAUGAAGUCAAUAUAGCAAAGGCAUUAUGGUGGUUUUAUUUUUCUAAGUGUAUAGAAAUGAUGGACACUUUUUUCUUUGUGUUAAAAAAGAAGAACAACCAAAUCAGCUUUUUGCAUGUGUAUCACCACGCCACAAUGUUCCCACUCUGGUGGAUAGGAAUUAAAUGGGUAGCAGGGGGGCAAUCUUUCUUUGGUGCCACGGUGAACUCUCUUAUUCACGUCAUUAUGUACACGUAUUACGGAAUCUCGGCUCUGGGACCUCAGUAUCAGAAGUACCUCUGGUGGAAGCGAUACCUCACCAUGCUACAACUGAUUCAGUUCGUGACAGGAAUUAUUCAUGCAGCUCAAAGCCUUUAUUUCAAGUGUGAUUUCCCCGAGUGGAUGCACUGGGCUCUGGUUUUCUAUGCGCUCACUAUUUUACUUCUGUUUUUGAAUUUCUACUUCCAUGCCUAUGUGAAAUCCAUGAAGCAAAAGCAGGUCCUUUCUAAAAAGCUAGUAGCUUACUUGGAGGCUACCAGUACUUGUACGAAAGAUGAACCUAGGAUGGAGGCUCAGAAGCUUAGAUGUCAUGCGCAGCUGAAACUCAUCGGUAUUCAUGGGGGGGAGGGGUAA